UUCCCUCCCUCCAGAUCUCUCAGUUCCCACCCACCUCUCUCUCCCCGUAGCUCUCUCUCCUCUCCUCGCCCCGCUCCGUCCUCCCCUCCCCUCCUCUCCUCUCCUAGGGUUCGAAGCCACAGCCGGCCAGUAGCAAUGGCGACAAAGUGCAUCAUCGGCGCGUUGGUUGGAUCCCUUGGCGUUGCAUACGUCUGCGACACGAUCGUUUCUGACAAGAAGAUCUUUGGAGGCACUGUUUGCAAGACCGCGACCGACAGGGAGUGGUUUCAGGCCACAGACGCCAAGUUCCAGGCCUGGCCUCGCACCGCUGGGCCGCCGGUCAUCAUGAACCCCAUCAGCCGCCAGAACUUCAUCGUCAAGAACCCUUGAUAGGUGGCACGAGCGGCAUCUCGCUCCCACCAUGGGAUCCCAAGUUUCUUUUCUAGGGUUUUGAAGUUCCUAAUAAAAGGGACUUGAAAGUUGGGGUAUACUCUUUUGCUUUAUGAAUUUCAGUUUCUGUGAGCAACUUUGAGGUGCUUUACCGCUCGCUCGCUCAUCUUUCGAUGAACUCUCUUCCUCGGUGAAAUCUUCCUCAGUUUCAGUUUCCGCAUUGUCUUUCAUGUGUUGUGUUUCUUUCUGAUCCGAUGCUCCAUGUUGAUGCUGUGAUGUUAACGAGCCUAUUGUUUUUGACUUUUA